AUGAAUAUCAACAAGAUUGACAUCGACAAUGCACAGCUGAAAGACUUCAUGACUAGGAAAGAAAUUCAGUGGAAGUUCAACCCCCCACACGCUUCACACAUGGGUGGGGCCUGGGAGCGGCUGAUAGGUGUCUCUAGGAGGAUAUUGGAUUCUCUGCUCACCGAUCCUAAAGUGACAAGACUUACUCAUGAAGUUCUGGUGACCUUCAUGGCAGAGGUAUGCUCUGUUAUCAAUGCGCGCCCUCUGAGUGGUAUUUCAUACGACCCAGAUUCACCCAUUCCUUUGUCCCCCGUAACGUUACUUUCCUUGAAAACAAAACGUGUGGUAGACUCUUUCAACUUAGUAGAGUUUACAGCAAAGGAUUUGAUGAAGGACCAGUGGCGCUGUGUACAACUUUCGAAUUGUUUUUGGAAAAGGUGGAAAAUGGAAUACCUUUCUUCACUCCAACAGCGGAUGAAAUGGCAACAGGAUGAAAGAAAUCUUCAAGUUGGUGAUAUCGUCCUUCUUCGUGAUAAGACCCUUCAUCACAAUGAUUGGCCGAUGGGAAUUAUUGAGAACACAUAUCCUAGUGUUGACUCUCGUGUCUGCAAGGUAGAUAUUUGUUUCGGCUCAGACAGAAAGAUUUUCAAACGUCCAGCAACGGAAGUUGUGCUUCUUAUAUCAAACAAACAGUAA